AUGGCGGUUUGGUUCAUCGCUUUGUUUCUACAAGUCCCCUUUGCAGCAGGUGAAUCGUUGUUGCACCCGUUGGCAGUGGAUCGUCCAGACGAAACCGUGUUUCCAUUGCCGCAGGGAACUCGACAUCUGCCACCGUUCGGUACGGAGGUGGAUGGGGCGAAAGCCACGAACAAAUUCUGGGCCAAUUGGGUAGUGGAAGAAGGCCGCGAACUGUCCAUCCAUCCAAUGCCCUACGUGUUGCGCUACGAUGCUUCCACUGGGGCGCCCAACAUGAGGGUGUCGCGGGCCAGCAAUGAAGCACGAGUGGUGCAAUAUGGUGAUGCGGAAACCAACGGUGCAGAAAAAAUCCGGUACUACUUCUCGCCCUUUGUGAAUGAAUUUGGUUUGUCAGCAGUGGAAUCAGCCAGCCAAGAGGGGCAAAUCAUUGUGAAAGAGGGUUUGUUUGGAAUUCAUGCAGAAGUUCGCGGACCCAGUGGGACUCAACGGAAGAUCCUUUUCCCCAUCUACAGUGGCAUGAGUUAUGUGUCUGGUUUCUACACAGGAUUCACUCCAAAAAUUUCAUCUGAUCGGGCCUUGCUAGUCAUUGAGCGGGUCAGCAACGGAAUCUGGAGGCUCCUCAACAAUGGUGGAAAGGAAUUCCGUGUCUACGCCAUCGAUGGCUCCGGAAACUUCGCUGAUGCGUCCGUGGAUUUUCAUCCCGAUGGCAGGAUGACCAAGGCCUUUGAGGGCUGGAUUCGUUUGGCAGAGGUGCAGGCACCAGGUGAUCGGGAAAUCCUGGAUUUCCAUGCGCCAGCUGUACUGGUGGAUUGGUACAGCUUCACGAAACACGCAGCUGUCCCCAAGCAGAUUUUGCACUUUGCCUAUGCUCACCAUGAAAAGCUCCUGGCGGGCAAUGCGCAGGUGGUGACGUCACUCACACCAUUGGCUCCACCCACCAAGGGGGAGAUGAAGGGCGUGGCAGGAGACUCGUGGCAGAUGCAGGUCGACGUCUCCGAGACGCGCUCCUUGGGAUUCCUCCCGGCCGACCCCGAUGCCUCGAAAGUCGAGGACCUGAAAGCGAAGGCCUACGGCACGUUGCAGUUCUUCUUGCAUUCGGAUCAGUGGCGGCAGGCGAUGUUCAAAGGGAGCUACUACUUCAGUGGCAAAGGAUUUCAGAAGGUGGCCUACACCUGCCUGAUGCUUGAGAAGUUUUAUGGCAGGGAACACAGUCAUACCCAGUCCUGUGCUAAUCUCUUGAUCAGGGGCUUCCAAUGUCUUUAUGCUCCCACGGUGCCUGAGUGCAACGGUGCUCCCAUGGGCUUGUACUACGACGUGGCAUGGCAUGGUGUGGCGAGUCGUGAAGGCUUCACGGACGUUGGAUGCAGAAAUGCGGACUUUGGCAACGCCUGCUACAACGACCAUCACUACCAUUUCAGUUACUAUGUGGUCUCUGCUGCGGUCUUGGUGAAGUUGAAGCCGGAGUUCGGCCUCAACACCGAUUUCGUUUCCUUCGUGGAUACCUUGAUCCGCGACACCGCCAAUCCCAGUGUGCAGGACAGCCACUUCCCGCAGUUUCGUUCCUUCGACUGGUUCGAUCUCCACAGCUGGAGCCGUGGUGUGAUCCCCUCGGCCGAUGGCAAGGACCAGGAGUCGACCUCGGAAGAGCUGAAUCUGCUGUACGGCAUUCACUUGUGGGGUAUGGUUUUGGACAGGGAACCUUUGCGAGAGUUGGGCACCACAAUGCUGACAUUGUGUGCCAUGACCAUCCGGGAAUUCUUCCUCAUGAAGGAUGACAACCCGCACCAUCCAGCGGACUUUGCGACCAACCACGUGACAGGCAUUUUCUUCCAAAACAAGGUGGACUAUGCCACAUGGUUCGGCUGGCGAUAUGAUUUCAUUCACGGCAUCCAGAUGCUUCCGGUGACCCCUGCCCUGCUGAUGAUCAGGACGCCUGAGUUCUGCCGCCAGGAGUGGGACAGCAUCCUGUCGCGCUUGCCGUUGAGCCCAACGGAUCCUUGGACCUCCUUGCUGCUCACGGGCACCUUGUCGAUCAUCGAGCCGGAGGAAGCUUACAACAGGUUGAACGCCAUGCUUCCCGAGCACAUGGACGAUGGUCUCACCUGGGCCUGGGCGCUCUAUUGGUCCGCCUCCAUGCAGAACGGCAACGGCUACACCGUCAGCACCAGCGCAGCAAGCAGCACCGUGUCCACCGAAGCACCCGAGGAGAACUUGGCGCUGUACCGCCUGGCCGUGGCCUCCUCUGAGCUCUCCGCCGACUUCGCCGCGGCGCGCGCCGUGGACGGCCUCUUCGUGACGCGCUGGAGCCCCGCCGCGGCGGAGCAGAACCCGUGGAUCACCGUGGACCUCGGAACGGUGCACGCCUUGAGUCAUGUGGUGCUGCUGUGGGGCGAAUUUUAUCCCACCAGUUACGUGUUGCAGGGCGCCACGGUGAGCGACGCCUGGAGCAACUUGGCCGUGGUCCUGGGCUCUUCGGAGCUGCUGCGCUCGGACCUGCCGCGGCCGACCUUCGCGCGCUGGGUGCGAGUGCUGACUCAGGGCAGUGGCGAUCUGCGGCUCUGGGAGUUUCAGGUGUUUGAAGACUCAGAGACACCCGUCACCACCGUCACCACGGAACCGACCACCGAAGCCACCACGACGUCCACGGCAACGGCUGCAACGGUUGCAACCACUGAGGCACCAAGCACCAGCGCGGCGACGACUGCGACGACUGAGGUGCCUGAAACCACCGUUGUGACCACGACGGUGACAACUGUGCCAGGGCCAUCGACUACAACUCCUUUCUAUGGACCCAAUCUUGCUUUCCAAAAACCCGUGCUGUCCUCCUCCUUCCGAUCUGCCACGGAACACGCCUACAAAGCCGUGGACGGCGACCUGGAGUCGCAGUGGGCUUCGGUACCCUUGAACGAUCAAUGGCUGUGGGUGGAUCUGCUGGGACUCUAUGCGGUGAAGCGAGUGGUGCUGCUCUUUGGUGAUGUGCCACAGCAGUUUGUGCUCCAGAGUGCCCCUGAUGGCAUCAAGUGGACGGAUCGGGCCGUCGUUGACGGAGCCAACGGCUUUGUGAGCACCGAGUUCGACCCACCUGUCUUGACGCAGUGGGUUCGGGUGCUUUGCCGAACGACGUGCAGCAUCCGGGAGCUCACCAUCCACGGCGAUGACCCCGACGGCGCCACGACCCCCACGACCACGACCGCCACCACCAGCGCCGGACCGGUCGCCACCACGGAGGCCACAACGGAAAGCACCACCGGAAGCGUGAACCGAGUGAACCUGGCGGAGUUGAAACCGGUCCUGGCCUCGUCGCAACGCUUCGCCGCCGAGCACGUGAGUCGCAUGACCGACGGCCUUCCUUCGACGCAGUGGGCCUCGGCCGCUGGAGAUGUGGAGCCCUGGGCCUGGGUCGACCUGUUGGGCGUCUACGGCGUUGCGGAGGUGGCGAUUCAUUGGGCCGUGGACGUGGCGGACUACGAGUUGCAGAUCAGUCGCAACGCCGUGGAGUGGACCUCCGUGAUGCACGCCUCAGGGCUCGCUGGGCAGACGGUGCGGAGCAGCUUUCCGGCGACCACCGCGGACACGCAGUGGAUUCGGGUGGUUUGCCGAUCCUUUGAUUCCACUUGUGCCAUCAAAGAGCUCUACGUCUACGACGUGGCUGGGCCCGAAACUCCAGCAACCACAGCGCCAGCAAGCACGGCAGCACCGGCAAGUACCGCAGCGCCAGCAAGUACGGCAGCACCAGCUGAGAAUCUGGCUUUGAGCAAACCGGUUCUCGCUUCUUCCUCCGUCUUGCCAGAUGAAUAUGCAGCCAGAGCAGUGGAUGGGCUCGCCAGCACACAGUGGCGUUCCGCUGCUGGUGAUCAAUGGAUUUGGGUGGAUUUGUUGAGCAGCUACACCCUGAGCCAUGUGGUGGUGCAGUGGGGUGACCAGUUGCCCAGCAGCUUCAACGUGGAGAUCAGCUCGAACCCAGCCGUCAGCUGGGACUCCGUAGUGCAGCAGCCAGCUGCAGCUGGUGCGCAGCAAGUGGACCUGGGAUCUACGACGCAAUGGCUGAGGAUCUACUGCAAUGGUGGCUGUAGCAUUCAAGAAUUGCAGGUCUAUGGUACACCGGCCAACGGCCGGUUGCUGCAGGCCCAGGACGUGAAUGCGGAUCCGAUUCUGCUGUAAGUUCGGCUGAGAUAUCGCUUCCGAUGCCGAGAUGUUCAACAAGAAGGACACGAGGAAUGCGGUACCGGUUCAGGACUUGUGAGUCAAACAUGGGGGCCUUCCCACUUCCUCAAAAAAUCUGAGGAAUAUCGUUUUUUUUGGAGGGUGCCCAAUGUUUGAUGCCAAGAUUGGAUGCAUUUCCACUGCACGCUUCUUUCUGAUUUGGGCUUCACGGGUUUCCACGUUGAAGCAUCACUUCGGACCAUUUUUGCGCGGUUGGGUCUGAUCCUACCGUGACGUUUCUGUAGAGUCUAAUUUUGGGAUCCCGUGGAGAAUGAAGUCCAUGCCACGGGUUUCCGGUGCUGGCUGGUUCAAGGGCUCAACAUCCAAAUU